AUGCCUCUGUCACCUCUUGCUCAAGUUCACAAAGCUUAUCAACGUCUAACUCACUCGGAACUCUUACUAUUUCUAAAUUUACGCAAUCUCCCUACUUCAGGUUCAACAGCAGACCUCGCUUCACGACUUGCAAAUCAUGACUAUCAUACAUACCAUUUCCUUUCAAGCUCAACUGACCAACGCAACCCAGAACCAACAACCCCUUCAAACCCUCGCAUUCACCCAAGAGCUCCUGAUCUCCCCGUAGAAAUAAUGGCAGACAUCAUGGACCACGUCGGCGAUUGGGAGCUUGCUCGAGCAGUUGGCGUCCCUACAUCCCUCCCUCAACCCCUCGAAUGGUCUCGUGCAUCACGCACUGACCACGCAAUGCUCACAGGCCACGUUCCUACCAUUCGUAAAGUGCAUCCAUCCAGCGAAAACCCACCUACAAAAAUAGGCGCAGUCAUGGCCAUUCGCUUCGGCUACGUCGCCGUCCUCGAGUACUUUCUCUCCCAACACCAUAAAAUAUUCUUAUCCAUCUUCAAAAACGACCUCAUCCCCAUAAAAGCAUCGCGCCACGGUCGCAUUUCCGUCUUAUCCUGGUGGAAACACGGUUUCGAGCAACAUCCAGAUCUCGUACCGCCACCCGCCCCAGGCUCAGUAGCAGAAGCCGUCGAUGGCGCCUCUCGCAACGGCCAAGUUGUCUCCCUCGAUUGGUGGCUGAACUGCGGUCGCCCCUUUGAGUACACCGAAGCCUCGCUCGAAUACGCAAGUGCCAAAAACCAGAUCGCCGUUCUGGACUGGUGGAAGAGGCAACACAACGCAUCCGGCCUCCCCCUGAAAAUGGGCAGGGUCAUGGAUAUGGCGAGCACAGCGGGGCAUGUUGACGUUCUCGAGUGGUGGGCUUCCUCGCAACUCGAGCCUAAAUACGAUCGCCAUGCUUUACAGCAUGCAAGCUGUCAUGGCAAAGUUGAAGUCCUCCAAUGGUGGCUAGGAAGUGGUCUGCAGCUCAUAUUCGACCAAGAAGCGCUCACAGGCGCAACGAGGCAUAACAGGCCAGAGGUGCUCGAGUGGUGGGAUAAAUCGGGCCUUCCCAUCCAAUAUCGCAUGUGCGAUAUCGAAGAGGCGCUGGAGGACGCUAUUGGCGGUGGAGAGGACGCCAGGGACUGGUGGAAGCGCAAGGGUGUUGAUUUUAAUGCGAACGAUAAAGAGUGGAUGAAGCUUCAGAGUUUGAAUUGA